AUGGCUGCCAAUAUGAUGCAUCCAUCAUACCAUCAGUCUCCUCAGCAUCCACCCCCUCAGCAUCAACUGCCUCAGCAUCAACUGCCUCAGCAUCAACCUCCUCGGCAUCAUCAACCUCAGCAUCAACCGCCUCAGCACCAGCCGCCUCCGCAUCAGCCGCCUCAGCACCACACUCCUCAGCCGCAUCACACGUCUCAGCAGCAGCAGCAGCAGCAGCAACAGCAGCAGCAUCAACCCCCUCCGCAUCAACCUCCUCUGCAACAGUCCCAACAGCCUCAGAGGCCCCAGCAGUCACACCAUGCCCUUGUCCCGCACAUGCCCUCUCUGCCUCCCGUCACCUCACAAACCUCCUAUAUGCCCGCUACCAUGCACGCUCAUGCCCAGUAUCCUCCUGGCCCUCCGCAACAGAUGCAGCAUCCACAUGCCGCCAUGUACAUACAGCCUCCGCCCCCACCACAAAACAGCAUGGCUAUUCACCCUGCCAGACCCCACAAUCUGGAUGGCCUUGGCAUGACCAGCGAGCGUGACGGCUUGUUUUAUACCCUCAUCGUCGCACAAGGUCCUUUGCGAGCCCGUAUGUGUGGUUUUGGCGACAAGGAUCGAAGACCCAUCACCCCACCACCAUGCAUACGCCUCUGUAUCGUCGAUCCCAAGACGGGCAAAGAGAUUCCAGACUACAACGAAAUCGAGAGCCAAUACAUGGUCCUCAGCGUGGACUUGUGGGACAAGGAAGGUCAACAGGAGGUGAACCUGGUGCGAUCGCAUGGCGGCGCUCCCUCCGUCUCCAUCUCCAAUGCCACUCCCGUUUCCUAUCCGCCUCCGCCCGAGGUCAUCUACUCGCGUCAGACUGUUACAAAUGCCCAGCAGCAGCAGAUUAUGGCCCAUGCCGCCCAGGCCGCUCAAGCCGCACACGCCGCUCAGGCCGCCCAUGCCGCUCAUGCCGCCCAGGCCGCCCAAUACGGCGGUCAGAUGCCACACUAUCCACAGCAACAAUGGAGUCCUCCCGUCGGCUAUUCACAGCCUCCACAAGCCGUACACUACAGCCAGCCCGUCCAAGCUGCUCAGGGCGCCGCCGCCGUCAAUCACCACCAUGGUACUGCUGGCAUGUACACGCGCAACCUCAUUGGAAGCCUGUCGGUGAAUGCCUUUAAGCUGAAGGACCCCCAGGGCAAAUGUGGGCUCUGGUUCAUCCUCCAAGAUCUCUCGGUCCGCACCGAAGGAGUAUUCCGACUGAAGAUGAACUUUGUCGACGUUGGCGAUGGCAAAGGUAGCCUCAACAAAGGCCGUGCCCCCGUGCUGGCAUACAACUUUACAGACCCCUUCCAAGUCUACUCGGCAAAGAAGUUUCCGGGCGUGGUCGAGAGCACCGAGCUGAGUCGCUGCUUCGCCGCCCAGGGAAUCAAAAUACCAAUUCGUAAGGACGGGCCCAAGAGCGUGCCCAACCGCGAGGAAUACGAUGCCGACGAAAUCUGA